UCCAGCCUGGCAACGGAGACUUCAUCUAAAAAAACAAAAAUAAAAAUAGAAAUGAUCUACAUAGGCUGAGAAAUGGUUUAGAAACAUAAGCCAGAUCAAAACCAGUUUUAACGGGAGGGCAAGGAAUGGAGCCGUAACGAACGCAGCCGAGAAGCAAGCGGGCCGUGUGCUCUUGGGAGGUGUUUCCAGCGUGGGGAUAGCUCCUGAGAUACCACAGACCUUAGGAGGACGUUCUUAGAGCCAAAAAUUAAUAUUCUAAAAUUAAAAUGAGGACAUUCUUCCAGAUGCCAGUUAAGGUGUCAGCCUGGCCUCUGAGCUGUCCCAGGGGCAGGGACUGCCAGCCACACUUGUGGGAGUGUUUUGCAGCGUCUGUUGGGGACCAGGUGGUGACAGGGUCUGUCCUUUCCCUUCCAGCCGCCCAUCAUCAGGGCCCGGCCUCAGUGCCCUCCUCCAGGUCCUACACAACUGGUCCGGCUUCUACCCACAAGCGCCCCUCUGCCGCCCUCAUUGCCUGGGAGCUGCUCCGCACUCAGGGCCUGGCGGGGCUCUACAGGGGCCUGGGUGCCACUCUCCUCAGAGACAUUCCCUUCUCCGUCAUCUACUUCCCGCUGUUUGCCAACCUUAACAACCUGGGGUUCGAUGCGCUCGCCGGUAAGGCGUCCUUUGCACAUUCCUUCACGUCAGGCUGUGUGGCAGGUUCCGUAGCUGCGGUCGCAGUGACGCCUCUGGAUGUUCUGAAAACACGAAUCCAAACCCUCAAGAAAGGCCUGGGUGAGGACACGUACAGCGGGAUCACCGACUGUGCCAGGAAACUCUGGAUUCAGGAGGGACCAUCUGCCUUCAUGAAAGGCGCUGGCUGCCGGGCGCUGGUCAUAGCACCUCUCUUUGGGAUUGCUCAGGGGGUCUAUUUCAUUGGGAUUGGAGAGCGCAUCUUAAAGUGUUUUGAGUAGAAAGAGCUGGCGCCCAAGUCCCUGCACUCGCGGCCCUGUCUCUAGCCCAUUUUACUUAGCCUAGAGGGGACAAGGGCAGGCGAGGCCACCCUGGCCUGUCCAGUCCUCUGCGUGUACGCUGUAGCGCUACCUCAGUCUCGGGGGAGACAGCCCUCCUCUAACAGCACGCUGAGCACAGCCUUCUUCUCCUUUCCCGUGUGGGCACGGCUACCUGGGGCUUUCGGAAGCCCGUAACCACCUGCUUUUCAAUAAGAAUAGUACCUGCUUUAGUUGUAUUAAUUGCAGGACUUUAACAGGUUGUCAAGACAGAAGGGUUGUUUCUAUGUUUCAGCAUUUCUGUUUCUUCUGUUUCACAAACUCGGCAUUCUGGAGUCGGCUUGAGGAUUUCCCUGUUAAUCUUGAAUUCCUUAACUUAUGAUGAGUCCUAGCACUGAUUUUGAGGAAAAGGAGGAUCACAGGUGCAAGGGACCAUGAAAAACCUCAAAGUCAGCACCUAGUUUGAGACCAGGCACCCUUUCAAAUCCUCGGAUGGCUGAGGGCUGAGGCUGGCUCCGGCUGAGCAGCCCGGCCACUCCCCCAGAGCCCAGGCUCUGGAAGACCACCCCUCCUUUCUGCAGAACACUAUUUGAAAUAAAGGUGAACGGUUAAAUCUCACCUGUGAAUCAGUGCGCACGGCAGACAGGCUGCAGUGAAUGGUGUUGCUAACUACUUUUCUAUAUCCAUUAUUUCAAAACCAAAUAUUAAAAAGAGCGUGGAGGCAGGCCCCUGUCACUCUUCAAACUGCUCCUUAUGGGGGUGGAGGAAUGCAUCCAUAGGGUUGACUGUGAGCAACACUGGGUUUAGGCCUUGAUUCUACCCCUUCCUGAGCGCAUCAUCUGGAGGAAUUGAGUGUGCCGGGAGAGCUCCCCCCGUGCACCUCAGCUCCUCCCCCACAGACCACUCCAGAAGUAAUGUCACACCACAGGGGCCAAGUCCUGAGAAGCCAGCACCUGCCACAGGUGGUGUUUACAUUAGUCCCCGCCUGCUGUGAAAUGUGGGCUAACGAGGAAGAGGACGGCGCUAACGUGGUCGGCCGUGGGGGCGUCACUGUUAAGAGAACCCCAUCUAAGUUGGGGUCCCAGCUCCACCAUGUACUAGCGGCAACGCCCCGGGCAGCUCUAGGCGUCACCUGUGGAAGACAAAGGAUCUGGGCCCCGCACACAGUGACCGGCUCCAAAGUAACCUGGUUUUCCUCACAGGGGCAACACUGAUAACACCAUUUCCUCACUGAAGUGGUAGAGCCCUUCCAGAGGCCAGGUCACACUGGAGAGCGUGUCGGGGGCAUGGGAGAUCACAAGGCCUGGAAGGAACGCUCCCGGGUGAUGGGCUGGGAACACUGGGCAAGAGCCCGGGGGACACCCAGAGGGCUAACAGACCCAGGUGCUGACAGCUGUCACCAUCCAGUACCACGGGGAUGUGGAAAAUACUUCUUUUCUAGGUGCCUCAGUAAAAAUGUAACUCUCAAACCCUGAAUUUAUAGUGCCUUAUACUAGAAAUCACAUUAAUUCCACAUAACUCUUUUAAUAAAUAAAGCACAUCCAUGGCUUAGAUUCUGAAUCACAUUUACAGAAGACGGAAAGCUUCUAGACCUAAACAGGGAACAGUGAGGCGACUACGAAGAAGUGGUGUGCCACAUGCACCUUAAGCUUCAAGUGGGGAAUGCAGGGCCGAGAACGCCAGACACGUCACCUGUACGCCAGACGAAGGGAGACCCAGGAAGCCCAUGCAACCGCCACCUGCCCCUCCCCUAGUGUGCUGAACCGACCGGACGCUGUGUUACUUUCAGAUGAACUGGAGGUGGGUCUUCAUAUUACAUGAAGCUUUCCGCCAUUGUG